GGCCGCUCCGCGCCCCGCCCGCCCCUCACGGGACACCUGCGUCCCGCAGCCGCGAGCAGAAGCGCAAUGGCUCCUUGCCCUGUGCGGCAGUUAAACAUCACCCGUGCUCCAUCACCGGCUGUGUGGAGCUCCGAGGGGCGGGCGCUCACCUGUCGGACCUGCCCUGGGUGGGGCGCGACCUCGCCUCAUUAGCGGGGGGCGGGUAGACGGACGUGCUGUUCUGGCGUCACCCGAGUUUAAUCCUACGUACUUUUUGUUUUAUACAUUUUUUUCUUUUUUCUUUUUUUCUUCUUGUUUUAUUUCUCUUUUCUUCCUGUUCUCCAUCCUUCCCCCUCGAGGUGGGGAGCUGCUGUGUGAGCGCGUCACCUCUGCAUUCCGACCGAGCUGCGGGCGGAGCGAGCUGCGGGCGGUUCGGACCAGCCCUGCUCCGAUCGCCGUCCCGCGCCCGACGGCGGGCGCAGAGCCGCGUGUCACCCCUCUGGAGCGGGACGUAGCCUGGCCUCGCUCCCUGCCUCUCCCCUCGGUGCUUUUCUCACUCGCGGUGCCCGGAGCGGCUCCAGGUGUGAGCUAUGAGGUUAUCAAUACCAGCUGUGGCAGUGUGGGGGAGAACUGCUCCUUCUCACAGCAUCACUGCCAUUAUGAUUACAGAUGACCAGCAGACUAUUGUUACAGGAAGUCAAGAGGGGCAAAUAUGUCUCUGGGAUCUUUCAUCAGAAUUAAAGAUUUCAUCUAAAGAAAUUCUCUUUGGCCAUACUGCUUCUGUAACUUGUUUGGCAAAGGCAAGAGAGUUUGAGAAACAGCCAUAUGUAGUAAGUGCUACUGAAAAUGGGGAGAUGUGUGUUUGGAAUGUCACUAGUGGACUGUGCAUUGAGAAAACAAAGCUUCCUUAUAGGCAUACAGCAAUCUAUUAUUACCACUGCUCAUUCCGAAUGACAGGUGAAGGCUGGCUUCUUUGUUUUGGAGAAUAUCAGGAUGUUCUUAUUAUUGAUGCUAAGACUUUGGGUGUUCUGCACACUUUGUCUUCUCAGUCUUCUGAUUGGAUAAACUGUAUGUGUAUUGUCCGCUCUGCAAGAAUUCAAGAAGACUCAUUGGUUGCUGUGUCUGUAACUGGAGUUCUUAAAGCAUGGGACCUAUCUUCAUCUUUGACCAGCAUACAGGAGAGGCAAAAUGUGUAUGAAAAGGAAUCCAAGUCUCUGAACUGCAUGAACUGCCGAGCAAUACGGUUUUGCACUUACACAGAAAGGCUCCUUCUGGUUGUGUCUUCCAGAUGCUGGCAGGUCUAUGAUUAUUGUGAUUUCUCCUUGCUGUGUACUGAGUUCUGUAAGAGUGGCCAGUGCUUUGCUGGUGGAGAAGUACUAGCAGCUUACAGGCUUAUCAUCUGGACAGAAGAUGGUUACAGUUACAUCUACCAGCUGCUAAACAGUGGACUUUCCAAAAGCACGUAUCCUGCAGAUGGGAAGGUGCUGAAAGAAACUGUUUAUCCUCAUUUACUCUGCUUUACUGAUGUGAAGGAAAAUAAGAGUUUCCCUUUUGUCAUGGGUUUUAUGAAUGAAAGGAAGGAGCCUUUCUAUAAGAUUCUUUUUUCUGGUGAAGCUUCAGGAAGAAUCACUCUGUGGCAUGUUCCUGAUGUUCCUGCAUCAACAUUUGAUGGUUCACCAAAAGAAAUCCCAAUUUCAACAAUGUGGACUCUUCAAGAUAACUUUAAUAAAGCCCAUUCAGUGUCAGAGGGCAUUAUAGAUCAUCUUUGUGAGUCUAAAGAUGGAAUUGAAAAUGCAGUUGUGACUUCCUCCGUGUACAUACCCAGUCUGGAUAAGCUUGUGUGUGGAUGUGAUAAUGGGAAAAUAUUCAUAACACUAGGUCUAGAAACUGCAAGAGCAAGAUUUCUAGAAAAUGUGUCUCUGAAAGGUAAUCUACCUCAUAAAGUUUUGAAUGGUCAUAGUAGCAGAGUUACAUGUUUACUUUAUCCACAUGGUAAUUCAGUAAGAUUUGAUCCCAGCUGGCUGUUAUCAGGGGGCCAGGAUUCUACUGUGAUCUGUUGGGAUAUAUUUACUGGAAAAAUCUUGCACCGAUUUAGUCUGCAAUCUGGUCCAGUGACAGAGCUAUUGAGAUCUCCAGACAACUGCAAAUUGCAGUAUCAUAGUGUAGUGUGCUGUGUGUGCAGUGAUCACUCGGUAGCAGUUCUACACCUUCAGAAGAAAGUUUGUCUCUUACAUGCCAGAAAGCAUCUGUUUCCUGUGAAGAAGAUAAAAUUUGACCCCACUGAAAAUCUGCUAAUUGUUGGGUGUGAAGAUGAUUCGGUUUAUGUUUGGGAAGUUGAAACAGGCACACUGGAACGGCAUGAAACAGGUGAAAUAGCAAAAGCAAUCCUUUCUUCCAUUGAAGAUUCAGAACACUUAGUGGCGGAUUCUCUACAUCCUGUAUCUCAGGACUCUAGAAGAAAUAAGAAUGUUCAAUACAAAUCCUCCAGUUCUUAUAAGCGUGGUAUGAUGUCCUACAAUCUUACUCAGACAGAAAAAUCUUCAGAUAAGGUAACAGAUAACAGCCUUAUUCUACAGCCCUUUACUGUUUUACCGGUUAAGACAAAAUGGAACGAUGAAAACUUUCAUGUUCUCUUAUUUGAUCUGGAAAAACUUGUGGAUAUUCUGCUAUCAUCUCAACUCUGUGGGUUGAAGUCAUCAAAUUCAUUCCACAACUACGACGCUCUAGAAAGAGCCAAAAGUACUACUGAGAAAAGAGCGCUAACAUUAAAAAGAAAUAAAACUGCUGGGUUCACCUUGUCCAUGGAUGGACAAGUAGAUACUGUUUGUGCAAACCAGGUCAAUAUAGAUUCUAACGCAAUUAGGCCCUUGGAAGAAAGUGGUGGCAUAAAAAGACAGAAAAAAAAGAAGAGUUCAAGAAAGACUAAAACGCAGCCAUCAGGAAACAUUGAUGUGAACAUCACCACAGAUACGGCUAAACUGCUUUUGUCAUGUCUCUUACCCUGGGGUGUAGAUAAAGAAAUAGAUAAUCUUUGUGUUGGGCAAUUAGAUAUCUUAAGGCUGCGGUGCCCGGUUGCUUUUGGACUCGUGUCAAAUGAAAGCCACUUCUCACUGAUGUUGCCAGGAUGGAAAUGUACUGAUGGUGGUGUGCUAGAAGAACACACCUUAAGCAACUUAUUUUCAAAAAGAGUGCUUGAUUUAUCAAACAAGUACCUUGCUGCAACUGAAGGACACACUGGUGAGAAAGAUGGAACAGUGAAUAAUGUUUACGGAACAAAGGGAGCAGAAAUAAUUUUUUUCUUAUUAAGCAGAAUAGUUUUAAUCAACAGAGUUUUUAACAUGCCUUCAGCAGAUACAAGUCAAAUUGAAAGGUAA